GCAAUUGCUGAUCAAAGUAGAUUUAAAGCGUCGAUCCGGUUCAUGUUUUUCACCUUUGCUCCACUAUAAAAGUUGGAAACUUUGGAAAUUGAUCAAGAAGAUCGGUUGAUUUCAGUUUCAUAUCCAUCUGAGAAGUGUUCUGACGAUCUCUCAAAUGGGAAAUCACCACGGGCGUCACUCGAACCCCGGACACCGCAGGAGCCACCGUCGUCCUUCCUAUAAAUACGGGGAAAAUGCUGAAAAUUCGGGACCAAGUAUCACAACCCCUAUUGAGAAUUCCUACCCGGGAUUACGUCUACCGUACGGCCAUGUCGAUUCCAGCUUGCGGGCACUAGUUGGACAAGCUGAGGGCUUCGGGCGUUUUGCCGUCGGCGGCCAGCACGGCGACGUUUACCGUGUCACCACCCUAGCAGAUGAUGGGCCAGGUUCACUACGCGAUGGAUGCCGUAGAAAAGAACCUCUGUGGAUCAUAUUUGAAGUUUCAGGCACCAUUGAGCUCUCAUCUUAUUUGCUUGUAUCCUCUUAUAAGACCAUUGAUGGGCGUGGUCAAAGAAUUAAAUUCACUGGGAAAGGUCUGCGCUUGAAGGAGUGUGAACAUGUGAUUGUCUGCAAUCUAGUAUUUGAGGGGGGUAGGGGACAUGAUAUUGAUGGAAUUCAGAUAAAACCAAAUUCACAACAUAUUUGGAUAGAUCGUUGCAGCCUCAGUGAUUAUGAUGACGGACUGAUAGAUAUAACCAGAGGGAGCACAGAUAUUACCAUUUCUCGGUGUUACUUUGCAAAUCACGACAAAACCAUGCUCAUUGGAGCUGAUCCUUCCCACACAUUUGACAGAUGCAUAAGAGUUACCAUCCACCAUUGUUUCUUUGAUGGGACUCGACAACGGCAUCCACGUGUUAGAUUCGGGAAAGUACAUUUGUACAAUAAUUACACUAGAGAUUGGGGAAUCUAUGCUGUUUGUGCUAGUGUGGAGUCACAGAUAUACUCGCAAUGUAACUUUUAUGAAGCUGGCCAAAAGAAGGUGGCCUUUAAAUAUUACAUAGAAAAGGCAGCUGACAAGGACGAGGACUGUACUGGCUGCAUUAGAUCUGAAGGCGAUGUUUUUCUUGAUGGAACUCAACCAGGCUUGACGCCCCUUCCGAGUGAGACUUCUGUAUUUCAUCCUAGUGAAUACUACGAGACAUGGACAGUUGAAGCACCGUCUGAAGAUCUGAAACAUUUUCUUCAACACUGCACGGGAUGGCAGGCUAUCCCACUACCUCCCCUGCAGUAACUUAGUUUUAUUUAUGGACAACUACAUAAAUACCCCUGAGGUUUGGACGUAAUAUAAAAAAGCCCCAUCAGUUUUGAAAAUGACACUGCACCGUGAUUCAUCUCUGGUCACCUAGUUCCAUAGGUAAUCUGUAGUAUAAAACAUAAUUACAGACGAUGUAGUGAAACUUUCAAAACUGAAGUUUUCUUUAGUACACACGAAUCUCAGGGGAUAUCAAUGUUAAGUAUAUAGCACUCACGAAUAUGCCAUUAUCGGCGACUCGCCUGCUCAAUGCUAGACUAUAUAUGGGAUGUGGAAACGUCAUGUUGUAUUUACGUUUUGUUUCAUUUCUGUUUCUAUUCAAUCACGAGUGACGUGUAGUUAGUUCAAUGCACAUUGUUAAUGUGAAUAAUAGCUUGACUUACUAAUUCAAGCAAUAUGCUACGGACUAUCCUUAAACAAUUUGUAUUCAGAGUUAUUAACUGUUGAAGUAAACGGAUGGUUGGUGGGAGUA